UCGUCCGCCUUCAGGGAGUAGCGGUUGUUUGCAUUGAAACCUGUCCUACACCUACAAUCAUGCAAUACCUAGGGUAGGUUGCAGGCUUGCAGUGGGUAUUUACCCGUAGACAGGUACAGGCAUCAGCUGAACCAAGGGUGGUGGUGGGGAUUGACAAACGAAUAUUGCGAAAGUCACAAAACACAUUCUUUGUUUUCCAAUAGGUUGUAUCUGCGCUGGGUUCACAGAGACCUCGUAUCCGUGAUAAAGGAGUUUCAAUUGAAAGAUGUCACUCUCUACGUUCCUCCUUCUGACCACAUUUGUCAGUUGUUGCCAUGGGGCCAAGAUUCUUCUUAUGCCAACUCCAACAACAAGCCACUGCCUGGAAAUUAUGUCCAUUGGGCAAGCUCUUCUGAAACGAGGCCAUGACGUUACCCUGUUUGCUGUCCUCUCUGAUCCCAAAUCCUGUAUCGGUAGGUUUGAUACGGAGGCUUUCAAGGAGCAGUUCACUCUUAUUGUUCCUGAUCUGGAUCCAUCGAUGCAGAAGGCACAUGAUGAUAUUAUGGCAACUGCAGGCAAAAUCAUCUUUAAUCGAGAUUAUAAGUGGAAAAUGUUUUUGAACAUUAUGAAGCCUAUGAUCCAUAAUCACUGCAGUGCUGCAAUGAAAGAUAGGGUUGUUUUAGAAAGGUUGAAAAAGGACAAAUAUGACAUUGCUUUGGUGGCUCGAAUGCCUGGUUCUGAAUGUCUGUUUGCAAUCGCCGCCUAUCUUGGGGUUCCAACAGUUGCUGUGUACUCCUACCUUGACCCCAGAGACACUGGUAUGCCUCUACAAAGUAACACAAUUCCUCACAUUACGUCUAGUUUCACCAAUGAUAUGACAUUCCCUGAAAGAUUCCUCAACACAUUAUCCUCCUUCGUCACUCCUCUUGUGUUUAAAGUGUUUAUACAAUCUAUAGACUACUCUGUCUUGGAUAAAAAACUGGAAGGUGUCGACGGAAGUGAUCUGGUGAAAAGGUCUUUGCUUUUUAUAGAAAACUCCGACUAUAUAAUUGACUACCCGAAAGCUGUGUUUCCGAAUUUUGUUCAGUGUGGUGGUCUGACAGCAAGCCCAGCCAAUCCACUUUCAGCUGAGAUGAAGAGGUACAUGGAUGCGGCAACAGACGGUGUUGUACUUGUGACCUUUGGAAGCCUGAUAAAAGGGUUUCCGUCGUCAUUGAUUGAAAAGCUGAUGUCUGCCUUUGGUCGACUAAAGUACCAAGUUCUGUUCAAGCAGGAUAAAGAGGAAAUCCGCGGCAACAUCAAAAGCAUGAAGUGGAUACAACAAAAUGAUAUCCUAGGUCACCCCAACACGAAAGUGUUUAUUUCUCAUUGUGGAAAGAAUGGAUUUUGGGAGGCAGUGUAUCACGGAGUUCCUAUCAUUUGUAUGCCAAUCCACGCAGAAACAUUCACCACAGCCAUAAAAGUAAAGAAAUACAACAUCGGAUCUAGAAUCGAAAUUUUUGAUGACAGUGUUGAUGAUCUGUUUGAAAAGAUAAGGCAGGUACUUGAGAGCACAGUUAUCCGCCAGAACAUGAAGAGGAUGUCAAGCCUCCUACGUGACAGACCAGAAAAGCCUGCUGAUCGUGCAGCAUCUGCUGUAGAACAUGUUCUCAAAUACGGAGGAGACCACAUGCGGCCUCCCUCUGUUAGCUUUGUUAGUUAUAUCUAUGCUGAUGUAUGGGUUACUAUUGCUGUUAUUGUCGGUGUUAUUACUACUGCUGUUGUAUGGAUCUGUCGGAAGUGUUGUUGCAAGGGACAGACUGACAGGAAGCGCAAAACUGAGUGAAUGAAAAACCGAGUGUUGUAUAUGGGUGGAUAUUCCUACUUAUGUGAAGUUGAGAUCAUUUGAUGGCUGGCUGAAUCAUAACUGUGAACCUGAAAAUGAUCAUGAUUAGUAGACUUCUAUGAUAAGUUGAUAUGAUAUAUCGUAUACAACAGGAUAGUUUAGAAUGUGACCCUCCUGAGAAAACAAACUGCUGUUGACAAAUUUCACCAUUGCGUAUGUCUUUUCUGACUUAUUUGAAUUACAUUGUAUUACCUUAAGUAUUGACAGUAGUUUUAUAAGAAAAUGGUUGUGCUUUAUGUAAAGUUACGUCGCACGCUACCGACAUCUAUCCGCAAAUCCGAUGGUGUUGUGUCAUUUCACGUAAAAUAUGACGCUGAUGUUCUGUAAUAGAAAUUAGGCUAUUGAUGGAAGUGCAGUUAUGAUACUUUCGAUUGCUUUGAUAUUGUUUUGUUAUUCUGACAUCAAGAUGGUUAUUUAAGCUCAAUUUCGACUUUCCCAUAUGUGUUUUCGGGUUAGGUUGUAGCUUUGGUUUCUACAGGAUUGGGUGGUCAGGCUGAGUGGAUUUCAAAUGUCAUCAUACUCUAAUGGGACAGGGCGAUGCUCCUUGUAUUGAUCACCUGUUUGUCUUGUCCAUUACCAGAUUUGACUCGGUUAUCUACAGUCCGCCGUUAUAAAAGUUUGAGUGUGACUUAGCAUAGCGUUGAACAUUAAGCAUCCAGAAGGCUUCAAAAAAUGUUGUAGGGCAGUGGGAAAUCUCCAAGAUAUUUAAUGUUGCAACCCACUUUACAGGCUAUAACAUGUCAUAAGUCAAUAAAUGUGCCCAUCUUAUGCGGAAUCUUUAUCUAUUCUAGCAGUGUUGUAUACAUUUCAUCUUUUUAUUUUAAAUCGCCGCAUUUGUGAGCUCCUUAUCUCCACCCUCAAUGUGGGGUGAAAAACAGUGUACAUUGCUAACCGGUGCGUGUUCCGAUAGGAUCCAACUGUGUGAAAUUGUGUAUGUCAGUGAUUUUCUCAGUAUAAUUUGCCAGUUACACAGCCCUUAACACAUGUACAGUCACGCUAAUCUUCAGUUUACAGUUGUCAGCAGCUUUAAAAACGUUUGCGUUCAGUAUAAGAAUUUUAUUUAUAUAUUUUGGAAUUACGUUACUAUCAAACCGUUAUUUCCUGUAUUGUCUCCGUUUUGUCAGACUUCGCAGGAGUUUGUUAAAUGUAGAUCACUGUGAAGAAAGUGCAUGGGUGAAAUCAACACUGAAACACCAAAGUAGUCAGUCAUAAUAAUCUGGAUUUACUUUUAUGUACUUAAGUGCUGCGAUAUUCGCCUUGAUCCAUAAUGCUGUUUAAGACAUUGUUAGGGACGUCGAUUUGUUUAACUACUGACUCAGGCUCGGUUAAAUUAGUAUUAUGUCUGCGUCAAGUGCAAAGCGAAUGCAGGAUAAACUGCUCCCCGAGAACAUAUAUUAUUCUCUCUAGGAGGACAAAGUAUUUGCAUGUAUUAUGAACUUAAAUACUUUAAGUCUCAAAGUUUUGAUGCUGCUCUUUUUCGUAUAGAUUUUGUAAAUGGUCACCACUCAAUCGUCUUUUUGGUUGGUCUCUUGUUGUAUAGAAUUGAUUGGACGUGAGUCAUUCCGAUCGUAAUCGGGUUAUCAGUGAUUUAAUCUUUGCGUGUGUUGCAAUAAAAUGGGUAGCUUCGACUACGUGUACAAUGUUCUCGCUUUAAACAUUAAAAAAUAUAAGUGCUA